AGAAAAAGGCAUCACUUGGGAACUUCGCCCUUGAUGUUGUUGAUAUCGUACCCCGACCGCGAACCGCAAUUUCUUCUGUUGUCAUUUCAGUUCGAGUUUUUGCCUGUUAUUAAACGGUUCCUUUCACCGAGCACAAGUCAUGGGCAGCACAACAAAGUUUGUUAACGAAUUCUGUGAUAUUAUCGAUUCCUAUGGAGGCCGAGAUAAGGUGAUGAAGGCCCUUUGCUACAGCGCCAAACUGGUGGCUGGAUAUCAUGCCAAGCGGAAUCCGGAUCUGGCCAAGCGCUAUGCCACCGCCAGCUCUAAGAUAUCGGGAGCUAGGGCCACCCUGCGGCUGAUCGACGACAUUCCCAUGAUUCAGUAUGCCUUGGAGUACGGAUUGGGAGAAAAUGAACCGGAUCGCGUAAUGGCUGUUUUGGGGGUGACGGCAAACAUUGUGGAUCUUUUGUAUUAUCCCAUUGAGAAGGUCUGCUGGCUGGCCGAGCACAAAAUAGUAGAUGUGAAGAAUGCAGACAGCUGGGACAACGUCAACUCCAUAUUCUGGGUGUUGUCUGUAUAUCUGAAUCUCAUGAGGACCAUGAGGAACUUUUCCCUAAACCAAGACAAACUAAACCGCACCAGCAACAUAAGCGACCUAGAAGCCAAAACCUUGGCCAAACAUCGCCUGGAGCUGGUUUCCAUUGUUCGCAUUUCUCUCGACUUCGUACACGCUGUCAGUACUCUCCCAAAAGGAUACCUCUGGGGCGGAAAACUCUCCACCUUCCAAGUGGGAGCCAUCGGAACCCUAUCCGCCGGAUUGGGCAUCUACCAGAUCUUUGCCAAGAGAAGACUGAACAAGUAGCAGAAAUAGUCGCCGUGUUGUCAUUGUAUUCUGUGUACUCGUCCUAUUUGUUGAUCGCAAUAUUAAGCUAGUCGGUAAUUGUUUUUUGUAUGAAGAAGAAUUUUGGAUGGCACUCACAGGUGUUUUUUUUAGCACGUAAGAAACGAAAACUUCACUAAAUACACAUGGAAAAAAUCAUAA